AGCGUCAAUAAAAGCGUCCUCUGCUGCCCGAAAAGAAAUCCUGCAUCCAUCAUCUCAUUUCAGGAAAGCGGAUGUACGGCGUCACGUGCUGUAAGAGCACGCGGAUCCUGUCGCAAUUUGGCGCGCUUUGUGUUUGAAUUUGCACAGCGUUCUGACUCUCCAGUCAGCUCUUUUACGUGCUUGAACCAAUGGAUAGAACCAAGAACCCAUCCUGCAUUUGAUCUUUUUCAAUAAUUUAUGUCCCUCGAAUACACAAUACAGAAGAAAAGAGCUGUCAUUACUUUCUAUAUCGUGAUUUUAAUGUAAUACCAACCAAAUAAUUUUAAAAAGUGGCAGAAUUUCUUUAAAAAACACUAUUUUUAUGUUUUUUUCGGGGCUGAAUUGUUUGUAGUAUUAUAAAAAUGAUAGUACCAUCAGUUACGUUGAUGUCAGGAGUGCAAAUGCCACUUUUGGGUUUGGGCACAUACAAGCUCCAGGACCAUGAGCAGCUGAAAAAAUCUGUCAGUUCUGCACUUCAAGCUGGAUACAGAGCCUUUGACACAGGUGCAGUUUAUGGAAAUGAGGCACAUCUAGGGCAAGUCCUCAAAGAGCUGCUGCCCAAGUAUGGCCUAAGCCGUGAAGAUGUGUUCAUUAUCAGCAAGCUUGCCCCGUUAGACCAUGGGCCGAGGGCAAAGGAAGGCUGCCUGAGGAGUCUGGAGCAACUAGACUGUGAAUACAUCGACCUCUAUCUAGUGCACUGGCCUGGGGUGGAGGGUCUUGACCCAGGGGAUUCUCGUCAUUCAGAGUAUCGAGCGCAAAGCUGGGCGGCCGUAGAGAAGUUCUACGCCAGCGGGCGAUUCAAGGCCAUAGGGGUUUCAAACUACACUGCAAAGCACAUUAUGGAGCUGCUCAUGAGUUGCCGCAUCCCCCCAGCGGUUCUUCAGAUUGAGUGUCAACCGAAGCUGAUUCAGAGGGAACUGAGGGAAUUAUGUAUGGAGACAGGCAUUCACUUCCAAGCCUACUCUUCGCUGGGUAAAGGAGCUCUCCUGAGGGAGCCUGAGGUACUGGAUAUAGUGAGGAGCUGUGGUCGGACCCCUGCCCAGGUUCUCCUGAGGUGGGCUGUGCAGCAAGGCAUCUCAGUUCUGCCUCGGUCCUCGCAGCCGUGCAGAGUGCAGGAGAAUGCACAGGUGUUUGACUUCCAGCUAAGUGAGAUGGAUAUAAUGAGGCUGGAUGCCUUGAACUGUGGAACAAGGUUUUGUAAACGAGACUCUAGCAAAAUAGCUUAAGCCUGAACAUAUAACAAUUUCUUUACUGAUCCCAAGGCAAAAUAAAUGUAAAAUCCAGCAAAUUAAAUUAUCAUUGUAAAUAGAGUCAAUGAUGUGAUGCUUGCUUUAGUAGUAUUAAAAAUAAAUAAAAAUGCAAUUUUUACAUGCAAUGACUUGAA